AUGAAUAAAAUAACCAUUGAGUCCCAAUAAACAAGAUCAGCUUUAAAAGUCUAACAACAUAUUUUUAUUGAACAGUAAGAGAUUAAAUCAUGUCGUAUUUGUCUUGAAACUGAAUAAGAUAAUGAUAAACCAAUUAUUCAUCCUUGUAAAUGUAAAGGUUCUGUUGGAUAAGUUCAUGAAGAGGUAAGACUAUAUCUUUGAAAAGAGUGUCUAAAAACCUGGAUAGUUACAUAAAACAAAUAAUUGUUCACAUAAUGUGAAAUUUGCAAGAUGGAAUAUUAAAUUGAAUUUAAUUCACGCAAAGUUUGUAUUCCUGUAUAAAUAUAAUUGUAUUUAGAGAGAAAAGCAUGUAAAUCAAAUUUAGAAAAUAUGAUUGCUUUAAUUUGUCUUCUCUUUAUAUUUCUUGGUUUUACAGCACUCUAAGCAUUUCUUGUUGUAUAAAUGUAAUCAAUAUCUAUAUUUUAGUGUGAAUAUUUUUGAUGGUGAUGAUAAAAACGAUCAAUCAUCUAGUUUUUUAAAUAGUCCUAUUACUAUGAUUGGUAAUUAUAAUCACUCAUUAAUAUUUAGGCUUUGCUGUAAUAGUUUUUUUGUUUUUAGUUCCAAUUUUUAUGUGUCUUCUCUAUGUCUUAAAAAAAAUGCUCUUUAUAACUAAAAUCAAAUCUUGGCAUAUAUUAGAAAGAGUUUAAACUCCUCCAGCAGAAUCUUAAGAAUAAAUGCCAUAACAGACUUUAUCUAGAAAUGCUUCAUAAUUAUUAUAAUAAUUACCAAAAUUGAAUUAAACUACUUCUAUUCUUAUAUAAGGAAAUGGUUAAGAUUACGAACAUGUUUAAUUUAUUUGA